CUUAUGUGUCAUCGUCCUGAGUGCAGAUUGAACUAAAAUGUCAGACUAAGAGCAAAUUGAACUACAAUGUAAAACUAAUCAGCCUGUAAGUUUCAAGCUGGAAGUUGGAGUGGUAAGGCAUGAUGUGUCUUUUGGGUUCCAAUUUUGUUGGCAGAGGAGCAGCAAUUAGUCGCUCAUUUUGCCCAUGCAAUUCCCUGCCUGUGGCAAAUGAUAAUGAGGCCCAAGCAGAAGAGGCCGACAAACCAUCCCUGGCAAACAACAAACAAGAUUGGAAAUCCAAAUCGAAGGGCAGCACACAGCUGAAGCGAUGGUCCAGAGUACGGGCUCUCCGUUCUCCCUCUGCCAGGAGUAGGUUCGACAAGGCACGCGUUGCUACUGAUACUGCUAUCAUUCCUUCUUGCCCUAUUUCUAGGGACGACGGAAAUUAUAGCGAUGAGGAAAACUUGACAUCUGGAAAAGCAAUUUUCGUGGUGUCAGAUGGGACUGGGUGGACGGGAGAGCACUCAGUGAACGCUGCCUUGGGUCAAUUCGAGCACUGCCUUGCCGACAGGGGCUGUGCUGUUAAUACCCAUUUGUUCUCUGGGAUCGAUGAGGUGGAUCGGCUGUUGGAGAUAAUAAUGCAAGCAGCAAAGGAGGAAGCGCUGCUUCUGUACACACUGGCUGAGGCAAGCAUGGCAGAAGCAGCGAAAAGGGGAUGUGAGCUGUGGGGGGUGCCGUACACAGACAUUCUGGGUCCUACAACAGAGGCAAUUGCCAGGCACUUAGGGGUUGCCCCUCUCGGCGUCCCUCGAGGGAAAUCCCCCUUGUCCAAACAGUAUUUCAAAACAAUUGAGGCGGUGGAAUUUACGAUAAAGCAAGACGAUGGAGCUGUCCCUCAGAAUCUCCACAAGGCAGACUUAGUAUUGGUUGGGGUGUCGAGGACCAGCAAAACGCCCCUUUCCACCUACUUAGCACAGAAGGGCUACAAAGUUGCAAAUGUGCCCCUUGUUCUUGGACUCAAUCCCCCCAAAGAGCUCUACGAAAUUGAUCAGGACAAAAUUUUUGGACUCAUCAUCAACCCUGUUAUUUUGCAAGCAAUACGGCUGGCAAGGGCCAACACUCUGGGGUUACAGCCGCAGUCUUCCACCACCAACUAUUCGGAAAUGGAUCAUAUUCGUCGAGAACUGGAUUACGCCAAAAAAUUCUAUGCUCAGAAUCCUGGAUGGCCUGUUAUAGAGGUCACUGGAAAAGCUAUAGAAGAGACAGCCGCCGUGGUUUUACGGAUUUAUCACGAGAAAAAACAGAAGUAUGAAAUGCCUCGCAUCUCAAAGCGAUAUUAGAUAUGUUUGUACAAGUGAGUGUUUGUGAAAUAUUGAAAUUCCUUUUCCAUUACAUGAUGCUUAUCCUAAGACAUAAGCUUGACAGUGUUCAAAAGUUGCUAGAUUGCUCCUGUACAACUAAAUGUUACGUUUGAAAAUCAUUUUUUUUUUUUU